AUGGUAUCACCCGGUAAAGAGACCAUAAACGUGCAGAGGCACGGACGGGCCAGUUGGCAUAGUAAGAGCACUGAUGACGUUAACGGCCGAGUCACUGAUAUUUUCCUAGACAAGCGACACGCCUCGCAGAGCGACGAUGGCGAACGUCCUCACAAGGUUGGCCGCUUAUCUGACCUUCAACAAGCCUCUGUGGCUUCCCUGAUGGAAGACCUUACUCCUGACAUCCCUCCCUCGAAGCUAUACAGUCUCCUUCCGUCUCCGUCUGCCACAAAAACAGAUGACGUGAGUGGAUGCACGGAACGUCUCUACGGGAACAAAGAUGCUGUCAAGGCGGGGCAAUUACAUCACAAAUGGUCUCCAGCCAACUCUCCAAUACCAGGACGAAAGACAAGGUCGCCGGACAGGCACACCGAGCGCCCAUUCGCAACGAGAGGCCGCUCGCCCUUAAAACCGUUGGACAGCGGUGCAUUUGUUGCGAAGUGGCUAUCAAGCGUGCUAUCUAGCGAGGAAUACGAUACCCAAUACGACAUGAGUCUGCCACCCUCGAAACGAUCCCGGUCGUCAGAGUCAUUAAGUCGACGACUUUCGCAUCCCUAUGAAGGCUCGGAAUCCACAGUUUCAGCAGACAAGAUAUACUCGAUCUCCCAAUAUGUGGACUACCUAGUGGCCUUGGAGACAAAAGGCAAUUUUAUGCGACCAUCUGCCACUCGUUUCGUGAAGGAAGACCAUAUGUUGGACGAGAAGCUUCUCUACACGCGUCAACCGCGUCCUGAUCACCGGUUAUUUGAUGACCGGUUCGACAAAUUCCACUCCGAUUCGAGGCCGAUGGGAAGCUCGAGUCUAUCUCGACCUGCAUCCUCUCCUCGUCCGGUCGGUUGA